AUGGCAGCCAAAGGAGACAAGAUUGAAAAGAUCAUCACGCGGCUCCAGGCCCGCAUCGGCGAGGGCCAGUUCUACGAGGCCCAGCAGCAGACCCGCGUCGUCGCCGCCCGCUACAUCAAGGCCGCGAACUGGCCAGCCGCCAUCGAUAUUCUCUACAAUGUCGCACAGUCCCUACUGAAAGCCGAACAGGGCGGCAGUGGCGGCGACCUGGCCGUCAUGCUCGUCGACGUCUUCAAGCAGGCCGAGCUCAAGCCCGACGCCGCCAACAAGGGCAAGCUGCUCACCCUCCUGCGCCUGUUUGCCGCCCAGGAGCCCACGAGGAAGAAGUUUAUCGGGGAGAUUAUUGCAUGGUCAUCAAAGUUCGGCGAGUACCCUGCCGGCGAUACCGACCUCCACCACGUCGCCGGAUCCCUCUACGCCGAAGAACACGACGCCUACGAGGCGGAACGACACCUGGUGCUAGGAACAAAGGACUCGGCCGAGGUACUUGCAAAGAUGGAAUACGUCUGGUACAAGGAGGACGACUCGCACACGGCGCCACUCUACGCCGCCCGCGCCAUCUUCCCCUACCUCCUCGUCGGCAACGUCCGCGCCGCAAACACCUGCUACCGCCUCUUCGCCUCCUCCCUCAGCGAUGACAACAAGGGCCUCGGCGUCCAGGACGUCAGCAGCAAUAGCGCCGACCUGCGCAUCUUCCCCGGCUUGCCCCUCCUCAACUUCCUCGGCCUGCUCCUGCUGGCGAUCCAGCGCGGCGCCCCGGACGCCUACAAGCAGCUCCUGGCAAAGUACUCGUCCAACAUUUCCGAGGUCAGCGCGUGGAGCGAGGCGCUCGAGAUUAUUGCCGAAAUGUACUUUGGCAUCUCGCGCCCAAGGCAGAGCAAUCCGCUCAUGGACAUGAUGGGCAGCCUGUUUGGUGGCGCCGGUGGUGGUGGCGCCCCUCAGCAGAGACGUCCCGCAACAAGACGGGUGGAGGCACCCGCGGCUGAGGGCUUGGAUUAG